AUGGUCAAGCCGUCCUACCUCAUCCCUCUGGCCGCCGCCGGCCUCGCAGCCGCCAACCCCCUGCUGGGUGCGCGCGGCGCCUGCGGCGAGGGCGCCGACAAGGUCUGCUACGGCGUAUCGGGUGGCGAGCCGCAGCAGCUCGACCCGGAGGACAUCCAGUACGUUGCCGACUACCUGCGCUACAUCGGCGAGCAGAACACGGGCGCCGCCAAGUUCUGGAACAUGCCCAAGGCCGUCGACUGCGCCGAGUGGUCCCUGCCCGUGCCCAACGCCGGCACGGUCCUGGCCCUGGCCAAGCACAUCAACGCGCGCGUCAGCUCCAGCAUCCUGUACGCUGACCUGGCGACCACCAUUGACGGCGGCGAGGGCGCGACCGACGCCCAGAAGAAGGCUGCGCUGUUGGGAUGCGGCGCCAACGGCGGUCAGCUGGGUGUCAAGGCCAACACGACCAACCCGCUCUACCAGACGGACGAGUACAAGAAGAGCGGUGCCAAGCCCGAGGGCAUCAUCAUCAAGCUUGUCAAGGCGCCGAAGACGGCCUAG